AUGAAGGCCUCUCUGCCUUGGUCUGUAGUAUGGCGUGCCCAGUUGAAUUACGUACGGUUAAGAAGAGUUCUGAAGCUGUGUGAACUGUGGCUUCUAUUGGUGGGCUCAGGUUUGAACGCCAAACUUCCGCUUGAAGAGGAUGUAGACUUUAUCAAUGAAUAUGUGGGUCUCCAUAAUGAGUUCCGAGGCACGGUCUUCCCCACAGGGGUGAACCUGCGCUUCAUGACUUGGGAUGUAGCUUUAUCGCGUACUGCCAGAGCAUGGGGGAAAAAAUGUAUGUAUAGCCGUAAUACUCAUCUAGAUAAACUCCAUGAAUCCCAUCCAGUAUUUACUGAAAUUGGCGAAAACAUGUGGGUUGGUCCUGUAGACGACUUUACUGUAACCACUGCCAUCAGAAGUUGGAAUGAGGAGAGGAAGAGCUACAGUUACUUAAAUGACACUUGUCUUGAGGACCAGGACUGUUCGCAUUACAUUCAGCUUGUGUGGGACAGUUCCUACAAAGUUGGUUGUGCUGUUACUUCGUGUGCAAGGGCUGGAGGUUUCACGCAUGCAGCACUUUUCAUAUGCAAUUAUGCACCAGGAGGAGCCCUGACAAGGAGGCCUUAUCAAGCAGGGCAAUUUUGUUCUCGGUGUGGCCCUGGAGACCAAUGCACAGACUACCUAUGCAGUAACACAGUUCGUGAUGAAGCUACAUACUACCAGUUCUGGUACCCACCUUGGGAAAAGCCCCGCCCAGUCGUGUGUAAUCCAAUGUGCAUAUUUAUCCUCUUCCUGAGAAUGGCAUCUUUGCUGCUAUGUGUCAUCGUCGUUCUGAUAGUACAGUCUAGGUUUCCAGUUAUCUUAAUGGAAACUCCAACGAUAAUUUCAGCAGUGGAGGAAGGGAAAACUGAGGAAGAAAUAGUGAUGGAGGAGAGAGAGGGAGAGGGAGAGGAAAAGAAAGAGGAAGAGAUGCUGGAAGAAGAUGAACAAUAGGAAGAAGAUAACCCCAGAGGAAGGAGAGGAAGAGAUGCAGGAAGAAGAUAACUCAAUAGAAGACAAAGGCCAACAGGGAAAAAAAAAAUCCCAAAAUGUUGAAAAGUAGAAUGCUGAACUUUAAGAACAACAUAUGCAAACCUCAAUUCUAUUUUUCAUUCAUUUUCUAUACUUAUUUAAUAAAUUUACAUUGGAAAAUAAAAACAGUGUGAAUGCAAGGCUUGCAUUGUACAGAAAAUAUUAAGCUCUUAAAAACACAGGGAAUGGAUAAUAGGAGCAGCAACAACAGCAAAAGGAUGCCUUAAAAUUUUAUUAUGGUAUCUGAUAAAAACAAGAAAUAAUUCAUAUUUCUAUCUCUGUGUAGAGUUUUUUUAUAUGAGUUUAAAAGUAUCUGAAGUAUUAAGUUAAAUGAAAUUGUCCAUAUAAGACACUAAGGACCACUCUGAGUUUAGAAUAGCCAUUUGAUAAAUAUUAGCUCAUUUUUAUUAUUACUAUUAUAGUUGUUGGUAGUGGUUGUAUUUUACAUGUGGUAUCAAAACAUCAAAUGUUUUUUUUUAUAUUUUAUGUAUACUUGUAAAAUAGUUUACUCAAUACUAUUCCCUUGUGUCAGAAGAUUUAUAAAUGUAAAUUCAUCAGAAUUUCUCUAAUAUUUGUCAAGUAGGCCCAAGAAAUGAAAAACAAUCACUCAUUGUAAGUAAGCAAUAUAGCUGCUUCUACAUUUAUAUAAUAAAGUAGAUUUCACGUUACUCAGUAUGUACAGUAGA